UCCUUCUAGGAGAAUUCAUCAAACCUUGCUUAUCCUUCUGAUGAGCAUUCCUCUAACUAAGUUAGACUGCCUCUUACGAGCAGGUAACCUACCUUCUAAACCAUGCCCACUAUACUUUCUUCUAAGCCAGCUUUUAACUCUUUGUUUUCGUAUCAUCUCAUUGGACUUAUUUCAAACAAACUCGUUACACUCGCACCUGAUUACACGGGAACGAAGAAAACUACAUGGGGAGCACGCUUACACCUGCAAGAACUAAGGGUCCAGACCAAGCACAGACAGAUAGAACCAGACAUCAAAAAUCUUCCUUUGCAGCCUAUCAGAUAUGGAAGUUUUCGACCUGUCUUUCACUGGAUUGAAAAGCCUUGUAUGUUGAUAGGACUAUGUGGGCUGCAUUCUGAAGUUUCUUUCAUCGCAAACUGGCCAUGGGGUAAACCCUCUGAGAUAGGGGGCUGCUCAAUCCCAUGUAUGUUGACAGGGAGAGGGAGCGAACUUUCUUAUCAUAUCAGAGCAAGCCGAAGACCUCUUCCGGGAAAUCGGUUCCACUUCCAAUCUUUUUUUUGA